AAAACUACUUAAAAUUGCAAAAACAAAUUCAGAUAUUCAUAGAAAAUUGAAGUUUCUGGUAAGCUUAUUAUUAUACAUCAAAUAUAGAAUAAUGGGUGUAGGACAGUUAGGAAUAAUGAGUAUGAUAAUUAUGGUUGUAGUGACAUUUUGGGGAGUGGUUAGUAAUGCACAGCCAAGCUGCCCUGGUGCGUUAACGUCGUUGACACCUUGCUUGAGCUUUAGCCUUCGAAAUUCGUCAACACCGUCUUCUUCUUGUUGCUCCGAGUUAGCUAAUAUGCUACAGACGGCGCCGGUGUGUCUUUGUAACGUGCUUAAUGGUGUUGGUGGCCAACUACUUGGUGGUUUCCUUAAUCGGACACUCGCUCAAGCUCUUCCUAGUGCGUGUAAUAUCCAAACUCCACCUAUUACUCAAUGCGAUGGAAUGGGCUCUCAAGGUACAGGUGAUGGUCAGUACUCUCAAGGAUCCAUACUAAAGAUACCAUUGUUGCUUAUUGCUAUCUUCUUCACAUUAGUGGCGUCACAUUUUUAAUAAAUUAUCUUGUCAUUUUACAAAAUUCCCUUAUAUUAUGUACCACCAAUUAUACGAGUAAUAUUCUUUCAAUUUGUAUGGCUGCUGCCUGUUUUUGUAAUUACAUGCACUAUAUAUAUUACAAUUUACUUACAUUCAA